GUGGUGCUGCAAGUGACCGGGACGAACCGUCUGUGUCGACUCGGCGACUGGAGCCUUUCCCCGCCGGCCCCGGCUGGGUACACAAGUAUCUGGCUCAGGCCGAGGGGCUCGACAAAUCGUCGGUGGGUACUGCAUCCAAUCGCGGCGUGAUCACUUGCGACCAGAAAAGGGCGGUCGGUAAGCAAGCUAUCUACCGGCAUUUAGGCAAGCAGGUCCGAGCAGGAGCUCGCCACCGCACCUCGAGCGUGAUCAUUCAGCCUCACGAAGUCCCGCCCUCGACCUGCGUCCCUGCCUCGCCCGCGAACAUGCGGUGCUUCGACGUGGACGACGUGUCGUCCCUAGGGAGACGCCAUUCGUGGGCACAAGGACUCGCCUGUCUGCAAUCGGAGGAACGGACGGCCCUGGCGCUGCAACGCAGCCUCACAACGCUCGCGCGCGCCCACAUGCGUGUGGUCCAAUCCGUCCGGGUCCACGAGGCCUUGGCACUGCUAAGCAUCUUCGGCGGCGGACGGCACGGAGCGCUGGCGGAGCUGGUGGCCUCCUUCCUCGUGGAGCCGCUCGCAGUCCCCACUCGCGUGCCGGCCAUCCUGCUGGAGCCGCUUCGCGUGGCCGUGCCGGCACAGCCCCACCUCAUCCCUCCGCUGCCGGCCGCGAACGAGUUACUGCAGCUGUGGUAUGCA